AUGGCCGAGCCUCGAGCGCGUAUGCGCACCAAAGGCCAGUUCUUCAACACCCAGGACUUGGGCGAACUUCUCUACGCAUUCGGCGACUCAUCACAGCCGCUAUCAUCGACUAUGGCCGUGCUCGACGAGAUCCUCACCGACUUCAUCAUCGAGACAUGCCACGCCGCAGCUCUAUGUGCUAGCUACUCGCGUCGCCAAAAGAUCAAGAUUGACGAUUUCCGCUGGGUCUUGAGAAAGAAUCCCGCGCUACUUGGCAGAGUCAACGAGCAGUUAUUCCGCGAGAAGUACAUCAAGAGCCAGCGCCGACUUGUGGACUUUGAAACGUACGGAAAAGAAGGCGCAGCUGAGCUUGCCGAUAUCGCCGAAGUAGGUGGAGCAGACGAGAGCGACUUGAAGGCUGGCAAGAAGGGUCGAGGCAGGAAGAAGAAGCGCAAGGCGGAGGACGACGCCCAAAGUACGACUGCUUCGAAGCGACAGGCAACAUAA